CCGGGGCUCACAGCAGCCUCUCCACGUUUCCAAGUAAAUGCCAACAGGCCACUACUUGAUUUUCUACUCCGCUGUCAUUGGCGAGAUGCAGUGCCUGUCAUGCUGGGCCACAGGCAUGGACUUUCCCUGCAGUAUCCACCAUCAGAAGCUCGCUCUCGUCCUGCUUCCCCCAUUGGAGUUCCAUGUUGCCAUUCUCUACCCGCCUGCAAUCAACACUGAACGCCCCUUCUUUUCUCGGCUUUGCUUAGCGACGGCAUUGGCUGUCAGGAACAGGAACGACCACCACGGCCGAAGAGAAGUGUCGGCCAAGAGACCGAACAGGAUUUCUGACUUUUAUGUAUAAUUUGCGUUUUUAAUUAACAUAUACAUUGUCUUAUGUAUUAGAAAGACCAUUCAGAAUGACAUUGAAAAGCGCCCGCGUACGUUUUUGUGUUUCGUUCGACACCGUGGAGCUCAAGGGGGAUAUGUGCCUGACUUAUCUUGAUAGCCAUUUUUUGCAGACAAAGAGAACUGUUGAAUAGUGUUUAUAAAAGACAAAAGGGUCUUGGUCUCCUAUCCAUGGAGAAAGUGGGCAAGAUGUGGAGCAACCUGAGGAUCCGAUGCCAGACCCUCUUCCACAGCGACGGUGCGGGAUCCAGUACAGAGAACAGCGUGGUGGAGGUGGACGGUAUGCACUGUGUGGUGGACCUGGGACGGGGAGACAAUUCAGGCGAGGCCCAGGCUUCUCGGGCCUCUAGCCUGUCCCGAAGCCUCUUGCCGCUCCCCAUGGUUACUGGAGGACGACGUCACAACUGUGUGUCGGAAAUCCCCCAAAUAGUGGAGAUCACCAUAGACAGCAAAGACAGUGAGGAUGCGAGGGGGGGUCGUGGAGGAGUCCCUGUGUCACGGAGAGACUCGUACUCACGCCAUGCACCUUGGGGGGGCAAGAAAAAACACUCAUGUUCCACUAAGACUCAGAGCUCCAUGGAUACAGACAGGCGGUCAGGGCGCGCGCGCGGGGCCGCUGGCCGGAGGGAGCGUCGCUACGGUGUCAGCUCUAUCCAGGAAAUGGGGGACUCUGGGGGCGGGGGUUGUAGUCUGAGCGCCCGUUCCCUGCGCCAGCGGCUUAGCGAUACAGUGGGCCUGUGUCUCCCCCUGCCCCGCCGCCGCUCGCGCUCUUCCAAGACCCCCACCAUCUCGAAGCGCAAGAUCCACCUAACAGAGCUGAUGCUAGAGACCUGUCCCUUCCCCCAGGGCUCGGACUUGGCCAACAAGUGGCACCUGAUCAAGCAGCACACAGCGCCCGUCAGCCCGCAUUCCUCCACGGCUCUGCUUGACGCCUUCGACACCGCCCACCCCUCCCCCGAGGACGAGGAGGAGCGUCUGCGUGAACGCCGCAGGCUCAGCAUUGAAGAGGGAGUGGACCCCCCACCCAACGCCCAGAUCCACACCCUUGAGGCCUUGGCGCAGGGCUCCUCUCUGUACAAACUGGGACCAAAGAUGGCCCCCGGCAUUGCAGAGGCCUCUGGGGAGGCCCGGGGCGCCGCGGCCUGCUGCUCAGGAGGGGGGGUAUCGGUGCAGGUGCUCGGGGGGGCUACAGCCCAGUUGGCUGACUGUGACUCGGAGGAGGACUCAACUACCCUAUGCCUGCAGGCCCUGAGGCCCAAGCAGCGGCACGCGUCCGGGGAUGGCAAUCUGAGCCGGAACCAGCCUGGGCCAUGGAAGGUGCACACCCAGAUCGACUACAUCCAUUGCCUGGUACCGGACCUGCUGCAGAUCACUGCACUGCCCUGCUACUGGGGCGUGAUGGACCGCUAUGAGGCGGAGGCGCUGCUGGAUGGACGGCCCGAGGGCACCUUCCUGCUGCGCGACUCGGCCCAGGAGGACUACCUGUUCUCGGUCAGCUUUCGCCGCUACAACCGCUCGCUGCAUGCCCGCAUCGAGCAGUGGAACCACAACUUCAGCUUCGACGCCCACGACCCCUGCGUGUUCCACUCAUCCACCGUCACAGGCCUACUGGAGCACUACAAGGACCCCAGCGCCUGCAUGUUCUUUGAGCCGCUGCUCACGGCGCCACUCCACCGGGCCUUCCCUUUCGGCUUGCAGCACCUGGCACGCGCCGCCAUCUGCCCCCGGACCACGUACGACGGCAUCGGCGGCCUGCCACUGCCCCCGGCCCUGCAGGACUUCCUCAAGGAGUAUCACUACAAACAGAAAGUGCGUGUGCGCUGGCUGGAGAGGGAGCCGCCACUCAAGAUCAAAUAGUGGCGGGGCUCUGGCGGCCUGUGCAUGCAGCCGCGGGCUUAGUCAAAACAGGAAAAACUCCCAUCCAAUCAGGAGAGGUAAUACUGAACAUGGCACUUUUCAGUCAAGCGGGAAGGGGUAACUGGAGGGGAGGAGUUGGGUAAAGUGAUCGAUCCUAGAUUCAUUCUAAUCUCUUUGUUUUACUUAUUACUACUUACAUCACAUGGAAUACAUAUCUAUUAUAUUCAGUAUAAUGCUGUCUGGCAAGCACAUCUUUACUAUUGAACAGAUUCUGAAAGGGAGAGCACAAGCCUUCAUGCUUGGUCUCCCUCUCUCCUCUUUCAUUCUGUCAAGUGUCUGCCUGAUCCCACAGCAUGAGCUGCCUGCAUGGCCCCCCUCCCCCAGUCUCUAUCUAGGCCCACAUGGUUAGCUAGCUAUGUUGUACAGUCACUCAUACUUUCUAUCCUUCCUUUUUUUCCUGUUGCUUGAUCAAGCAACUAGAAGAAUGCCUGGCGGGCAUCGUGAGGCUUGAGGUGUGGAGUUGACAGUGGCUUUACUGGAGAGAGAGGGGGGUGGGCGGGGGGGGUUUGCUUCAACUAAAACUCCUACUGCAGUUCGUUAGGGCCCGCUUGGUGGACAGUGUCGUACAGACACACACCCAGCCAUCAUCAAGCUUCUUUGAGUAGGCCUAUGUCUGAAAUAAAGUGCUGUUUAAGGGUGCUGUCCAGUAGGUCUUCGCCCCAAGGGCAAUGUGGAACGCGGCCAGGUCCAAAGGUGCUGCUACAGCGUCCUGCUUCCGUACACCUGUAGGGAGCGAGUGGCUCAAACUGGCUACAGAACAGGCACUUUAACUGUGCGUGCAGUUUUUGAAGACACACACACUGGUUAUUGUCUCAGGGUCCGGUUUGUUUCUGGACCUGUGUUCUGCCUUCAUGGUGUCCAUUAUCUCUCUCUGUGGCAUCCUCCAUGCUGCUCAGGGUUAAUAUAAUUCAUGUCUGCACCCUCCAUAGACCAUUUUACAGUUAACUUGACUCCGCUUUACACAUUACAGCCACAGUCCCGCUUUAUAGUAUUAGUACCCGAAGGAGCUACAUUUGAUAUGCGCAUUGUCACUGCUGCUAGCCAUGCCCGUAAUAACCCAGCAUAUUGUGAAAGCUUGCAUCAGGAAGACGAAUACAACAAAGCGUAACCUAUGUGCCUUUCAUAGAGCCUCCUGAUCUACUUUAAACUCUUGAGCCUGGUGCAUAGAAUACUCCAGCAGCACUUCCCACUCAUGUAGCCCUUAAAUGGAGGAUGAGGAGGAGGAAAAGGAAUGAUGAGAAGCAGGGGAUGAAGAGCUCUCUGUUCAUUGGUGCACAUUCAAUAUUUUUUAUAUAUAUAUUUACAUUUUUCACAUUUCUAUUUCAUCAAGAAAAUAUUGUCAAUGUUAGCUAGCUAGCUAGAAGUGAAUACACUACUCCAUUGUCUAGCUGUGGAGGCUGGUGGGAGGAUCUAUAGGAGGACGGGUUCAUUGUAAUGGCUGGAAUGGAGUCAGACAUGGUUCCCGCAUCUUUGAGGUGUUUGAUACCGUUCCAUUUAUUCCAUUCCAGCAAUAACAAUGAGCCCGUCCUCCUAUAGCUCCUCCCAACAGCCGCCACUGCUGUCUAGAAUCAUUUAUUGGCUUCACUUCCAAAAGUCAUUGGGUUUUAUAGGCGGCUGGAUAGGUUGGGCAAGGCAGCGUCAGGUCCUGGAGGGAAUCUACACUGGACAUGUUUUAGAACGGCACACCUAUAGCGACACAUAGGCACGAGUCUGUAAAAUCUAUGGAACGCUCUGAAAAAGAUAAGAAAUGAAGAGUACCUGUAUAUGGAAAUACUAUCUGCAAAUGUAUACAAAUAUAAUUCUUACAAAUUAUCGGUGUGAUAUCAGUGAUUUUUUAUCCUGGUUGGAUAGGUAACUCGAAUCCCGUCUCUCUGAAUGGCAGGGAAGAUGUUUAUUUUAACUACCCAACACGCUGUGUGUGUGUGUGUGUGUUAUCAGAGGGGGAGGAUCAUGAAUGAAAAUGCAAUGAAUGCAUAUGAUUAGCUUAUUCAUGACCAUCUCUGAGUGUCUGUGACCAAAGCUCUGUUAUUCAACGGUGUUGCACACAACCUGUAUUGUUUUUAGUAGUAUUGCUCGCCACUAUGUCUCUAGGGCUCUUUAAAAUUACCAUACUGAAUUUGAUUUCAACUGAACAAACAUUUUAAGCCUACAGGGCAGGCGAUGUUACCAGGUAGAAACAGAGACAAGCCCCCAUCACCUUACACCUCAGUCUUGCAACUGCUCUGGCCUCUUCCAAGCCCUUCUGUGCUACUAUCACAGUGUGCUAAUGAAAGGCAGAAUGGCAGGAAAGUGUGUCGUUGUCCAGGGUCAAUGGUGUAAUUGAGGCGCGUGGGUGAUAGUUAAAUCAACUAAAUGCUCUUUUUCAUAUCCGACCCUCCCUCUCUCUUCUGUGUCCUAAACCCAAUCAGACAGAAUUUACUUUGUUUUCAGAAAGCUUGGAGAUUGCAUGUGAAAAUCACCCAUUUGUAUGAUCUAUGAAGGGCUGUGGAGAACUGUUUGAAGAAUGAAAAAAAAUUGGGUUGACAUAUAAGUCACUUGCAUGUGCACUUGUAUGUUCUCUAUCCGCAUCCAUAUCUAUCACCCUGACAUCUUGUAUGGGAUAGCUGUUACAAAUUCACUCUCCUGCGCACACACACAGGCUCUUACCCUCGCGCGCACACACACCUACUAUUUGCCACCUGUUUAUCAUGCUAUGGCCUACUGGCACUAAUCGCUGGCUAAAUGUACCUCGCCAGGAUCUACAUUUACGUGCUCUAAAAGGGCCACUGUGUUUCCUAAUGGGUGCCCCUCUCUUUCUCUGACCACAUCCUCAACAUGACCCUGCUGAUGCUGCUGGGAUAUGUGGAGGAGACUUAGGGGCUAUUGUUUGUGCUGGUGGCUGCUUCCCCCUCCACGUUCUGCGGCCGCCCCAGCCCUGUUUGGGAGCUAGGCUAAAGUUAGCAUUAAAAGAGAGUAGCACCUUAGUCACACAAUGUACCAUUGAAGGCCCGGUUUCCUGCUGUGGGAAUGGGGUGCGGGGGUGGGGGGGGGUCUAGGGAUUUGUUGAAGUAAUGGCACUUUAAUUGUCUGUGCGUGUGUUUGUUUAUUUGUUCAAGGUGGAGUUGUGGGUGUGAGUAUGGAGUAUUUCAUUUGUGUUCAUACAUCACAAGCAAUGUUGGAGGACAGAUUUAUGUUCUGUUGAGUUGCAGACGCGUGUUUGUGUGUGUGUGUGUAUGGACCACAUAGAGGGGGUCUGGUGGAGGGGGGGUGGAGUCUGCUGUGAGGGGUACCCCCCCUAUGAACAAUGCCUCUUGUCCACCUAUUCUCAGGCAGGCCCAAUGUUAGGCGAGUUCCAGGAUCUCUUCUCAACUUACUUGUUAUAAAUCUGAGACAGGCAGGGCAUAUCACCAGCCAACCCUGUUUGACCACAUCACGACCCCUGGCCUGGAUCAAGGUUUCAGCUCUUAGAGGAAAAAUACAAGUUUAUUCUCAUCUUUCCCCUAUUUUUUUUAUUGGAAAGCUGGGUAAAAAUGCUAUAUGCAAACAAGGGGGGAAAAAUGAAAAGAUGUAUGACUAAAGAAUUAUUAUUUUUCAUUCUUCUUCUCCCUUAUAUGCAAUGGAGUGUACUGUAACAAUGGUCGCAAUCCUCUGUCACUUUAAUGCUGUAUGUGCACAUUGGUUGCUGUGUGGAUGUGGGUGCCGUGGCAACAGGACUUGACAAUGAUGGGGACUAAUGGUUGUCAUUCUACAGCACCAUUGUGUUCCCAGACUGCCUUAUUCAUUCUGACCAAUCACAAGAGCCCUUUCAAAUCUGGGGCCGCAGGCACUGCCACAGACUUUAAAAACAAAAAACUCUGGUCAGACGAAUAUCGCCGUCCCAUUACAUUUUUUUUACUGUUGUCAGGAAGGAUUUGGAGAGUGUAAAUGUUCACAUUUCAGUGUCUUUGUUAUUCUGUGUAUCUGCUUCACCAUUCAGACAGUUGUUUCUUUCCAUUAUAACCUGUUCAUUUUAAAGAGCCGUAUGAUGCGACACUUGUAGCUGUCACUCUUGGUGCUUGGCUUAUGCUUCAUUGUCUUAAUAUUCCAAAUAAAACUGUUAAGCGUAA